AUGCUGUUCCCCUGCCUGGCAUAUAUUAUUACAGCCCUAACAUUUGUGUGGGCAGAUGAUGAUUGGACCAUUGUAUAUCCACAUACAGGGCUUGAUUACUCUGGCAAUACCACUGAACGGGUCGGCGAAAUCUAUGAUCUAGCAUGUGGUACACCCCCAAGCAUGGUGUCGGAACUGCUCCAAGCAGACGUGUAUUUGAAUACCACUUUGAUAAGUACUGAGCUGGUAUUAAACUCCACAGCUAUACAGAAGUACGCACAGUCACUAGCAGGUGAUUCAAUGCACAAGCGCAGCGUUGAUAACGUUAGCACCGGGCCAGAUGCCGACUACUAUUACCAGUUUCUCACUCAGAUGCUAAUGAAAGAAUUUAGUAAUAAUACUACUGCCGUGACCAAACGAACCUGGUGCUCUUCCCUAUAUAGCUACAUUAAAGAUUCAACUACUAUGCAGGUCGCACUCGCAUCAGUUAAGAAAUUUAAAGCUAAGUUCCUCGACACUUUUAUCGGCGAAGGGAUAAGCACCAUGUACAGUCUGGGACUUGACAUGCUGUCCAUGGCUGUUAAUAUUGCCUCGUUGACGAAAACCGCAUCGACUGCCAAAGCUUGUAAUAGUGUGGUCAAAGCGUUUAAGUAUACUAGCGGAACGGCUACAUACAACUACGUCGUUGGAAUAUACCCUUAUACCACUGGUAGCAAGUGUGACACUACAUUGACCGAAGAAGAAAUCGCAGUGAUUGUUGCGGACAGGAUUGAUGAAGGAGAGAGACUCAAAUCUGUUGGGUGGUGUACAACACUUACCCACGGUGGCACAUGGCAUGCCAGGGUCAAAGUGUUAAGAAUGGAGGUCUCUACUGCUUGCCUCCUAAGUUUUAGCGAUAUAAUCUGCGAAUCUAUAUAA